AAAACCCUCGAAACGAAAAAAAAAUUAUUUUUUCAUCGUGUCAACACCAUAAAGUAAGAUGGCGAAAAUUUUAUUUGUCGCGGCGACUUUUUGUUGUUUGUAUUUAGUCGGUGCGUCACCAGCGGUCACCAGCAUCUUGGAAUUGACCAAAUUGAAGGAAGAUUCUCAUAAUAUUAAUCAAUGUCCCGAUCCAACGGCUAUUGCCGAUUCCCCACUCUGCCAACUCCAUAUCCAACAAAGCGCCAAAUGGUUCGAUACCAUCACCCAAACGAUCCACUGUCCAAACUCUGGAGUAAACAAAGUGAAAAUUGCGUGCAUCAUUGUAAAGGACAAUGUGGCCAAUGAUGAUGGCGGAUACGCGUCAAUCACCAGUGGAGGCCUGAAUCAAUACUCCGUACAGAUCUACUUGAAAUCUCAAUGGGGCAAAGGAAUCGAUUUUGAUAUUACAGUCUAUACUGAGUCCGCAUCUAACUCAACUUUAGUCUAAAAAAUUGUACCUUAAUAUAUACUAUUUCUUAAGAGA